GUGAUGCCCACAUACCAUCAUGGAUGCGCCACCCACCGACAACGAUGACACGAUUGCGGAUGACACAACCGCAGGCACGGAAGCUGGGCCACAAAACACCCCGAGCCAGUGGCAGAAGCACUACGUAGGGCUUGAUCAACCCCUUCAACCGGCGAGUCCUCCACGGGCAUUGCCGCUGUGCACGUAUGACGAGGACGAGACCCAGAUCCAAUUUUGCUCCAACGUCAUUUCGCAGGAGGUGGGGUCACCAAUGCACCAUUCCAAGAAAAAUGUGAUGCAGCUGGCUGAGGUGGAGCUUCCUUUGAACAAGUUCGACUACGAAUUGGGCGAUGGCGAGAGCUCGAACGAGUCCGAAGAUUUAUGGGCUGGCGGAGAUGCCACACUGGAGCAACAGCAACAAACCUCUGAAACCUCUCUCCAUACACAGCGCGCCGAUGCAACAUCGAUGGCCGAUCCUCUCGCUGAUGCUCCCGAGGACCCGGCUGCGACGGACACCGGGAAUGUGGACACGGAGGUAGAAGACAACGAAGGCGAUGACGAACUUGCCACUCGUGCAUCAUCACGCGCUGUCACCACGCCGGCGGAUCCCGAAGCCUUUUACGAUGAUCUGUUCCAGCGGACCAUGCCAGCUUCGACAUUCUCGUCGCCACGGAAACGUCGACGCCACAGCGCAACACCAGUUGAUCUUGGCCUCAAAAAAGCACCCACAACCUCACCCAUUCAUCGAAGUUCAUCUCAAAACAAGGACAAUCUCCCAUUGCAAUGCCCCGCUUCCAUCCUUUCCGACGGAGCCUCAACUGCCCCUUCUGAAACCGCACGAGUUAACACACCGCGAACUUUGCCUGAGACGGAGGCCAUCGCUUCGAACAAGGGCGACUGUGCAUCAUCCAAUGCCACUCUGUCCCCGUCAGUACCACAACGCCGUCAUAUUCCACAACAUGAGCGUGAUUCGGCUUCGGACGAGAAUCGGCCUCCCACCUCUGGGCGAGGUCGCCGUGCCAACACGAAAGCUCGAGCUGCCACAGUGAAAUCGCCCGCACCAUGUCCAUCUCCUAUUAUCAACACAGACGCCGCCGCUGAGUGUAUAAGCAGCGGUUCGACCAAGGCGCAGCUUAUUCGCAUCGUGCUGACUGGGCUAGAUCCUGCGCCCCUCAUGCGAAAGAUUGAAGCCAUUCAAGGCGCUGUGUUUGAGGAAGACGUGUCGCUUGGCACGCACUUGGUGGCCCCCACAAAUGAACUCAAGCGAACGGUCAAGAUGCUGUGCGGCAUUUCAACUUGCCAACAUAUCGUGGGCGAGAAGUGGCUGACUGCGUCUGCGAAACAGGGUCGACCCGUGCCUGAGGCUCCGUACUGCCUUCACGACCCUGCCAAGGAAGCCCAGUGGGCAUUCGAUUUGAAAUCCACCAUGUACCACCGCCACGAUCGACACCUGUUGUUCCGAGGCAGGGUAUUUUACAUUGUGCCGCACAAGACAAUUUUGCCGGCGCCGUCGGACCUGACGAAGAUCAUUGAGUGCGCUGGCGGCGAGGUGCUGCCCACCGGCUCGAGUUCCACGGCUCACGACGACGGCGUGAUAGUGAUUGCUUCCGCCGAAGCGCUGGCGGUCAAAUCGAUUCGAAAGAAACUUGGCAAGCUGAUCGACGCACCCAUGCACACUCCCGAGUUGAUACUGUCGGGGGUUCUGCAGCAGUCGCUGGACCUGACGAAGCAUCGCGUUGGCAUUCAGCACUCCAUGGCAGUGUCCAAACGCAAACGUUAGCGGUGUUUUACUCGCUUCGCAUUCAUCGACGACGUGGCCGCUGUUUCGAGCGGUCCGCUUGCAUGAAUCAAGUAUUGCGCUGCGUGGAACGUGCGGUGGAUGCGUCUACGAUAGAGACAUGUGAUAUUCCCAACCAGCAACUUGAUGGACAAUACGAUGACAAAUACACAACACAUACAUGAAAUCGUUCCAUGAUGAUGCGCCAA